CGCGGGCGCUGGGGAAGGAGACGCUGCCCUUCCGCAGCGAUGGGAUCCUGGCUCCGUGGAAGGACCCCCUGGUAUGUGCAUUUUUGUCUUGCUGAGGCGUGGACAGUGCCCGGGACCCAGCCAGCCGCCAGCUGAAGACGUUCUUGGAAGCUCUCGGCCCCGAGGGCUCUCGCCUGGGGUGCCAGUCCUGCCAUGGCAUUCCGGAGGACUGAGGGCAUGUCCAUGAUCCAGGCCCUGGCCAUGACAGUGGCUGAGAUCCCUGUGUUCCUGUACACGACGUUUGGGCAGUCUGCCUUCUCCCAGCUGCGGUUGACCCCAGGCCUGCGGAAGGUCCUUUUUGCCACAGCCCUGGGGACUGUCGCCCUGGCCCUGGCCGCCCACCAGCUAAAGAGGCGACGGCGGAGGAAGAAGCAGGCCGGCCCCGAGAUGGGAGGCGCGCAUCUGGGCACGGUGCCCCUCCCUAUCCUCAUGGCCAGGAAGGUGCCGUCGGUGAAGAAGGGCUACUCGAGCCGGAGGAUGCAGAGCCCCAGUAGCAAGAGCAACGACACCCUGAGUGGCAUCUCCUCCAUCGAGCCCAGCAAGCACUCAGGCUCCUCCCACAGCCUGGCUUCGAUGGUAGCAGUGAACUCAAACAGCCCCACGGCUGCGUGCUCGGGACCGUGGGAUGCCAGAGGGAUGGAGGAGUCCGUGGCCACCAGUGACGGCAACGCGGAGAGUCUCUACAUGCAAGGCAUGGAGCUGUUCGAGGAGGCGCUGCAGAAGUGGGAGCAGGCACUGAGCGUGGGGCAGAGAGGGGACGGCAGCGGCACCCCCACGCCGGGGGACAGCCUGCGGAACCCCGAGACGGCUUCGGAGGUGCUGUCGGAGCCAGAGUCACAGCGAAGGGACUUCGCAGAGAAGCUGGAGUCCCUGCUGCACCGGGCCUACCACUUGCAGGAGGAAUUCGGGUCCACCUUUCCAUCCGACAGCGCGCUGCUGGACCUUGAGAGGACCCUCAUGCUGCCCCUGACAGAGGGCUCCCUGCAUCUGCGGGCGGACGAUGAAGACAGCCUGACCUCUGAGGAUUCUUUCUUCUCUGCCACGGAGCUCUUUGAGUCCCUGCAGGUCGGCGAUUACCCGAUCCCGCUCUCCAGGCCCGCCGCCGCCUACGAGGAGGCCCUGCAGCUGGUGAAGGAGGGGAAGGUGCCCUGCCGGACCCUCAGGACAGAGCUGUUGGGCUGCUACAGUGACCAGGACUUCCUGGCCAAGCUGCACUGUGUGCGGCAAGCCUUCGAGGGCCUUCUGGAAGACAAGAGCAACCAGCUUUUCUUCGGGGAGGUUGGCCGCCAGAUGGUGACGGGCCUGAUGACCAAGGCCGAAAAGAGCCCCAAAGGCUUCCUGGAGAGUUACGAGGAGAUGAUGGGCUAUGCCCUGCAGCCUGAGACCUGGGCCACCACACGACUGGAGCUGGAGGGCCGUGGGGUGGUGUACAUGAGCUUCUUUGACAUAGUGCUGGACUUCAUACUCAUGGACGCCUUCGAGGACUUGGAGAACCCCCCGUCCUCGGUGCUUGCCGUCCUGAGGAACCGCUGGCUGUCAGACAGCUUCAAGGAGACGGCCCUGGCCACCGCUUGCUGGUCAGUCUUGAAAGCCAAGAGGAGACUGUUGAUGGUGCCUGAUGGCUUCAUCUCCCAUUUCUACUCCGUAUCGGAGCACGUUAGCCCUGUCCUAGCCUUUGGCUUCCUCGGACCCAAACCCCAGCUCGCUGAAGUGUGUGCUUUCUUCAAGCACCAGAUCGUGCAGUACCUGAGGGACAUGUUUGACCUGGACAACGUGCGCUAUACCUCGGUGCCGGCACUGGCAGACGACAUCCUGCAGCUGUCGCGGCGCCGCAGCGACAUCCUGCUGGGCUACCUGGGGGCGCCGGCAGCCGGCAGCCCUGGCCUGAAUGGGGCGCUGCCCCGAGAGAACGGCCCCCCGGACCUGCCGCAGUAGUGGCGGGCGCAGGCUCGGGGAGGGGUGCGGCCUGCGUCUUGUCCACGUGCUGAUGGCAGCACGAAGGCUGCCUCCUCCCCUCCUUAGUGUUGGCGUCCAAGGGCCCGGGUGUCCGCGGCCGGCAGCUUCGGCAGAGCCCGGGCCUUGGUGGCCUCGGGCAGUUGUCCCUGACCAUUGUCACCACCUGGGAAUCCCCACAGACUUCCCUGGAGAGGGCUGGAGCCCCGGGGGCCCACCCGACUGCCCUCGGCUGUCCCUGGAUGACGCAGCAGCGGGACCAGUGGCCUUUGGGGCCUGAGGGAGAGGAAGGUGGUCAGAGACAGACCCUGUUGUGAGGAGAGGUGGGACGGGCAGAGCUGGGAGUCCUGGGGGUGGGACCCCAAGACCUCCCCCCAUCCCGGGGCUGCUGACGAGGCAGGGCUAGGAAGGUAGAGGUGGAAGAUGGGGGGGGGGGGUGCGUGGCUCUGGUGAAGGCCCCGGAUGGCCAGAGCUAGAAGGGACCCGGACUUAGACCGAAUCUGGCUGCCCAGUCCUGUGGGCCCCCACCCCCGCCCCCACCCUAGAGAGUUUGCAGCCCCGGAGAGGGAGGGUGGGGGCCACAGAGUGCCUGGGGGGGCGUACCUUGGACCUUGGACUGGUGGCAGGCCCGGACCAUGCAAAGGUGGGAUGGGGUGGGUCUGCCCUCCUUGUGCUCAAGUCUGGGUGGGGACUGGACCCCUGGCAAACCCAAGCAGGAAACCCGGGACGCUGUCUCCGCUGACAUUCCCUCGUCCUGCAAAGACUGUCACUUCUCUUCCCCUUUGUCGCCACCAAAGACGGAGCAGGUGGGGCCGGUCCUCCCGCCCCACCCCGCUGCCUCCCUGAGCCCGGACCCCCCUGAGUGGUGCUAGGGCUCCGCUGGAGGCUCUGACCAGGGUUCAUUGCAGGCCUGUCACCUGGGACAGUGGCGGGCCCAGGGACCACACCGAGCGGGCCAGAGGAAGUACAGGGCCGGACCGGCUGCCCUGCCCUCAGUAGUACAGGAAAGUUUGCCGGGCGCUUGGCCGUCGGCUCGAUGUACAGACGCUCUAGCUGUGCAUCAGCUGGUCCUCCGGCCAUCCCCACGUCGUCCCCAUGUCGUCCCCACAUCCGCUGGGAGCUGGGAGCCCUGCAGACUCAGUGUUUUCACCGGAGGCGGGAUGUUUUAUUUAUUGCCUUAACACUUUAUUUUGUGAUUCUGCCCCUUUCAGGCUGAGAGGCCUCCCAGAGAAACUGAGUCCUCCCUCCUUGUUCUCCGUACUCUGGAGGACUGGCUCCUCAGCCCCUAAUGGCAAAGGGGUCCUGGGAGGGAGAGAGAAGGGAAAUGGAGAGGGGGGUGCAUGGGCCCGGCCCAUCAUCUCCCUGCACGCUCGCUCCUGCUCCACAGACCGGAGGACCCUGUGUCGAGCCGGGGCUCUGGCCCCAACCCCCCGGCCCCCGCUCUGAGGUUGGUGUCCAGGAAGGAGCAGCCUCCUGUGUGGGAAGGCCCGGGGUGGCCCUCCUCCCGUCCAGCCCCACGUUCCGUUCAUUUGCACUUCCCCGGAGCUAUGAAUGUCCUACUGGGUCCGGGGCCCCGGCCACUCUGGUUUGCUCCCGGAUCGCUCAGAGUGGUGUGUUCAUUUGUCUUUGUUUACACGUCUGUGCACUGCCUCUGGCACUUGGUUUGUUGCAGCUUCCAACUUUUGUCUGGUAGAGCGUGUGCGCACCAACCUCAAGUUGAAUAAAUGAUUUAUUAAACAACGUCCUUCCACGUUGCCGUGCCAAUGGAUCCGUUUGCUUCCUGGGCCGUCGCUGGGGACUCGGCCUUUGGGGUGCGGUUGGUGGAGUUUCCAGGAGGGCCAAGGUCGAGGGAAGCCUGGAGUUCAGAGACUUGCAUUGGAAUGCGUUUCCUGAGGGUGGCGCUCCACUGAUCCCGCUCAUUCUUCAUCCCUGAUGCCCAUUCCUGGCCUGCAACUGCCUGCAAACCGAGUUUCUGAAGUGAACAAAUGAACCUCUAAUUUAGAGGGCAGCAGCACAUUUUGGGGAACCAGGCCCAGAGAUGGGGAGUUUCCUAAAGGACUUGGAGCCCAGACCAGCAUAGCUGUGGUACGAUGCACAGUUAAGACUUUGUGCCUGACUGUCCUGUCUGUGAACUCCCUGCCAGAAGAAAGACGAGCUCUGCCGGGGACGCCUGGGGACUCCGGAAGGGCCUGGGUCUCAGGACUCCCCUGGGGACUCCUCCAGGCAAGUGGGAAGAGGAAGGCAGCAGCUGGGCUCAUGGGAUGCAGGCUGGUUCCGAACCUGGGCCUGCCCA